GGCAGCCACCAGCAGCUCUGCUCCACCAGAAUUCAGGUGGGGGACUGCUCCAAGGAGUCCGCUCUUUACAAAAGCAGAUGUGUGCGCAGGGCUUGCCCGUGUCGCCCUGACCCUCUGUUGUCAUUUCAGCACAAUGAAGCUUUUCACAGGCCUCAUUUUCUGCUCCUUGGUGCUGGGAGUCCACAGUCAGUGGCUUUCCUUCCUUGGUGAGGCUUAUGAAGGGGCCAAAGACAUGAGAGCCUACUCGGACAUGAGAGAAGCCAAUUUCAAAAAUUCAGACAAGUACUUCCAUGCCCGGGGCAACUAUGAUGCUGCCCAAAGGGGACCUGGGGGCGCCUGGGCUGCUAAAGUGAUCAGCGAUGCCAGAGAGAAUGUCCAGAGAGUCACAGACUGGUUGAAGCAUGGAGACAGUGGCCACGGAGUGGAGGACUCGAGGGCUGACCAGGCUGCCAAUGAAUGGGGCCGGAGUGGCAAGGACCCCAACCACUUCAGACCUCCUGGCCUGCCUGACAAGUACUGAGCUGCCUCUGCCUCUGCUCAGGAGAUGGGCUGUGAGCCCCCUGAGGGCGGGGACACCCAGCUAGUGGGUUCUCUGUGCACAGAAGCCAGCAGAUCUAAUAAAUGCUUAGGAGAUGGACUGCUGAA